CAGACGCACUACAUGACCAGAAGCAGCAGCCCUCACACACACACUCUCUCGCUCUCUCUGGUUUGGUUUCUCUUUCUUGGUCUUCUGGUAGAGGGAUGGGGAAGGAGGUCGAGGUGACAGAGCAGGGCGCCGGGUACACGGCCAAGGACUAUACGGACCCGCCGCCGGCGCCUCUGUUCGACGUCGAGGACCUGACCAAGUGGUCCUUCUACAGGGCGGUCAUAGCGGAGUUCAUAGCGACGUUGCUCUUCCUCUACAUCACCAUCGCCACCGUCAUCGGCUACAAGCACCAGUUCGCCACUUCCAACGACCCCUGCGCCGGGGUUGGCGUGCUGGGAAUCGCCUGGGCCUUCGGCGGCAUGAUCUUCGUUCUCGUCUACUGCACCGCCGGAAUUUCAGGCGGUCACAUUAACCCGGCCGUGACGUUUGGCCUGUUGCUGGCGAGGAAGGUGUCUCUGAUCAGGGCCAUCUUCUACAUAGUGGCUCAGUGUCUGGGUGCCAUCUGCGGUGUUGGCCUGGUGAAGGGCUUCCAGAGUGCCUACUACGUCCGGUAUAGGGGAGGCACCAACUUCCUCGCCCUCGGUGUCUCCAAGGGCGUCGGCCUCGGGGCUGAGAUCAUCGGCACCUUCGUCCUCGUCUACACCGUCUUCUCCGCCACCGAUCCCAAGAGGAACGCCCGUGACUCCCAUGUGCCGGUUCUGGCACCAUUACCCAUUGGGUUCGCGGUGUUCAUGGUCCAUCUAGCCACCAUCCCACUCACGGGCACGGGCAUCAAUCCUGCCCGUAGCCUGGGCGCUGCGGUCAUCUUCAACGACGACUCCACCUGGCACAACCACUGGAUCUUCUGGUUGGGGCCCUUCGUUGGAGCUGCCAUUGCUGCUGCCUUCCACCAAUACAUCCUCAGAGCCUCUGCCAUCAAGGCUCUUGGUUCCUUCAGGAGCAACCCCAACGUCUAAUUCUACCAUAUCUGCCUUUUCUUUCCAAAAAUCCGUCUCUUUUCCUUUUCUUUUCCUUUUGUUUUUUCUUCUAUUGGCGAUGAUGGUAGCCGGGCGCGGAAAGGAUGAACGAUCGCUCGAUAUCAACUAAAAGCCAUCUGCGCAGGGAAGGUGUCAAUGUUGUCAAAGUGUCUUGCAGAUAGAAGCCUGCCACCCACACCACCAACCUCAACCUGUGUAGAUAAAACUUCUACGUUUUUUAUUACUCCCCUUCAUCUCUGCUUUUUUUUCGUCAGUGAGAGAAUUUGCUACUGUGGUCUCUUCUCUUUCCAUGUACUUGUGAAUCUGGUCUAUUUAUUUAAUAGGGUGUGGCUUUGUCCA